AUGUCGGUGCACCCGCUGGAGUACCUGUCCCCGUUUUUGAAGCUUGUGCGGGAGCCGGACGUCAGCGGGCCCAUAACAGGCGUCGCGCUGACGGCGCUGUGGCGGCUGCUGUCCAGCGGCGCUGUGGCGGAGACCACGGUCGGCGCGGCAGCGGCGCGGGGGCGGGUGCCUCGCUGCAGCGACAGCGGCGGGGGCACGGCGGGCGGCGGCCGUGGACAGGGCGUGACAGCGGCAGGGCCCGCUUUGAGGCUGGAGCGGGAGGGCCGGCCAGCAGCGGCUGGCGUUGAGCGGCGUGAGGCCGGGGCUGUGCUCGGCGGCGCAGCCGCGGCGUCUGAGGCCGUCAACGCGAUUGUGGAGGACACCACGCAGUGCAAGUUUGAGGCCACCAGCCCCUCCAGUGACGAGGUCCUGCAGGCGGUGGUGAAGUGCCCGGCGGGUGUGGGGCUGUCGGACGACUCGGUCUGCAAGGCAUACCAGGCGGCCUUCAUGCUGGGCAACCUGGAUGCUGACACGCGCGGCAGCAAGGGGCGGGAGGUGUCAGAGCUGCUGACCCACUACAGCCGUCAGAUCAUGGGCGAGAUCACCACGGUGAUCUUCUCGAGGUGCGCAUGA